CACUGGCCGAUUGGAGUUUUGCCAGGGAGCCCUUCCCACCUGCCUGUCUCAAUAGAAAGAAUACGUGGAUUUGGAUUCAGGGACACCUUUAUCACCUAUGUGACUUUAGGAGUCAACGAAGCAAGUUCAUGAGACUCGGAGGCAAGGACACCAAACCAGGGGUUUUAGCUCCUACCCAUGGUACUGAGACGGGUUCUUGCUCUGUGGCCCAGGCUGGAGUGCAGUGGCACGAUCAUGGCUCACUGCAGCCUCAUGCUCCUGGGCUCAAGCGAUUCUCCUGCCUCAUCCUCCAGAGUAGCUGGGACUACAGGUGGGCACAACUUGGCCCAGUUGAAAAAUGUUGCUGCAGAGGAGAGUGCCUUUCACCAUCUGACAAGAGAUUGGGAGACCAGUGGAGAGGUGUAGAAUCAGACUGUGUCAGUAGUGGGUGGUACACUCAGGCAGGGGUAGCCACAGAAGUCAUUGCAUGUGAAUAAACCAUCAUCUACUUAUGCUAAUGGUAAAGUAGAUUUUCAGAAACACCAUCUGUGGCUUUUAAAAUGAAUCAAGUGUUUCAGGUAUUGUAUAUGCAAGUGCAGUUUCUACUUUCUUGACAUACCGUAAGCAUUUAACAUUGGAAAAGAAAUAGAGCUUUUGACGGUAGUGUAUUUUUGCCAUGAAUGUCAUAAUUUAAAUGCUCUUACAUGGAACUCCUUGAUUUCUCCGUAGAAUUGGACUUAGAAAUUUAUAUGUAUAUAUUGCAUUAACCACUUAACUAAAUGUGCAUCGAUACUAUAAGCCUUUAAAAAAAAUCUUUGUUUCCUGCCGUAACGAAAAUGCUGUGACAUGAAGAGAAGAUUCUAUGUAUACCUGUUUAUCUCAGAAAACCUAUUAAAGUUAAGCCCUUGGAAAUGGAAUAGUUGUUAGGCUAGUGGUUUCCCCAACAAGGAUGGGAACUGGAAGGAUGAGAAACAAGAAGACCAAGAAAACUAACAGUGGAAGACCCAGAAAACCAACAAUCAAUGUGCACAUUUUGGGCACUGGAAACUGUGCUGGAAAGUGGGGCAUUCAAUAACACAGUGCUGGGAUUACAUUACACCAAAAAGUUGUAGACAUCACAGUGGCUCCAGGGUUUAAAAUUCCCAGGGUACCAUCCAAAGGGACAGUUUAUCUAUUGGUGUAUGGAAGAAGCCUGCUCGGAUUAAGACUCCAUAAUUAUUGACCCCAUUUUUUAAGGAGAGGCACUCCCAAUAAAAUUUUAUUUUUUAUAUUUAGUAAUCUCUAACAAUAUUUUUGAAGUAUUUAUAUUGUUUUGUUAAAUUGAAUAUUGUUAAUACUUUCAAUAAAAACUAUCCAGAUGGCUCUAAUGCUUAGAGCCUCAUAAUGGCAGGCCAUUUUUUAAGUUAAAAAUUUCAGUGUAUAUUUUUGUUGUUGUUGUUGUUGUUGCAGAGACAUAUGAUAACAUAAUCAAUGAAAGGCUUUCAAAUAUUAAACACUUAUUACAGUAAGAUAAAAUUGUGUGCAAAAAGAGGAGUGAAAACCCAAUUUCAACAGAAAGAAAGAAUCAUGCAAAAUUGGCAACUGUUUAAAAGAAUUAGUUGAAUCUAUUUUUCAGUGAUCCAUUGGUAGAUGUGAAAUCACUGUGGCAUUUAUAUUCCAUUGAAUUUAUUGAAAAGAGUGAUAAAAUUGUAUUUUAAAAUGUCAAUAUUACAUUCUUUACAACUCUUCUCACUUAUGAUUAAUUUAAGAUGUCAGCUUGAAAUGUGUGAGAGGGUACCUAGUUUUUCAAGUUCAUGGUCAUUUUUGUCCCUCCUUUUAUUAGUAGCCUCAGAGAAGAUGCCUCUUGAAGGCUAAGAUUUCAAAGAAGUUUAAACUUCAGGUUAUCUUCUUUUGACUAUUCAAAAAAAAAAAAACUUUGAUUUUUAGUACAUUGCAAGGUAGAUGAAGGUAUACAUGAUGUCUUCACCCAUUUCCACCACCGACCCCUAUGCUUGUUCUGUAUUUGCUUAUUGUACUUCAAGUCAAAGAUAGUGUCUAGCUCCAUAAGGCAUUUUCCAAGGAUUUGAUAAAGAUUUUUGAAAAUUAGGCUGAAAUAUUCAUCUGUCUAUAGCCUGAAAAACCUUUUUUUUCCUGUUGAAAACUUACCUGCUUGGAAGCUCAGCUCAUGGCAUUAAAUCUUUCUUUUAGAUGUUUAUGAAUGAAA